AUGCUUCUUACUCGAGCACUUUUCUUCUCUUCGCUCAUACUCCUUGCCACUGCCCAAAGUGAUGCUGUCUUCAAAGGUCUGCCCGGCUCAGGUCGGACCAGGACGCCGACAUCUACCAGCAAGCUCAUGUCGCGACGAGAUCUCCAAAAGCGUUGCAUAGGAACUUGUGAGGAAUGCUUCGGAGCUGGUUAUACACUUUGCCCGGGAAGCGACCUCUACUGCUAUUUGCCUGGAGAUGCGACUUAUGGCCUGGAUUCUUGCUCCACCGACAGCUCCGACGGCUCUGACACAACUGCUACCGCUUCCGCAUCGGAACCUACUUCAACUAGUACCAGCGGCAUCGACGACAUCUGUUACCAAACCGGAGCGACUUGUGUGUCAUGUUUUGGUGCCGGUUAUCUCGACUGCCCAGAUGGAUACCAUUGCUACAAUCCCAAUGAUCCUUUGUAUGAUACCUGCCCCGACGAUGGCUCAAGUUCCGGCAGCAGUGGCAAUGGCACCACCACAACAAGCAGCUGCGCUGAUCUCUAUGGCAACGGAAAUAUUCCUUGCGGCACGGAUUCAUGCUAUAACCCGGACGCCGGUGAAUCUUGCUGCGCCGGAGGAUACUACUGUGACGCAGGAUACUCAUGCUCCAGCACUCUUGGAAAAUGCGAAUACGGCAGUAGCGGCUCUGGUGGCUCCUCUUAUGCCACUACUACAUCCGAUUAUACCUACGCGACGCCUACCGAUGGCCUUGUCUUCAGCACUCCGACUACUGCUGCGACCGCUACCACCAGUGGCUCUUCGUCUUCCCCAACUGGGGUCAGUCAACUAUCGGACUCAAGCGACGCUACCGUCCUCGGGGUCGCCAAGGGUCUGUUGGUCGCAGCCGGUGUUGGUCUGUUGAUUCUAUAG